AUGUCCCAAACCAUAGGCCGAACCCGCCUCGCCUACUCUCGCUCCUGGCAUCGCAUCGACGUCUCCGCCGACCCCCGGCCGCUGGGCCGCAUCGCAUCCCAAAUCGCCAUCGCGCUGAUGGGCAAGCACAAGCCGAUCUUCGACCCGUCGACCGACUGCGGUGACUACGUCGUGGCGGUGGGAUGUGCGGACUUGCACACCACGGGGAAGAAGAGGGAGCAGAAGCUUUACAGAACGCAUACGAGCAGGCCGGGUAGUUUGAAGGAAAUCAGCAUGGCGCGCAUGUUUGAGAAGUGGGGGGGUGGGGAGGUGCUUAGGAGGGCGGUUAGUGGGAUGUUGCCGAAGAAUCGGUUGAGGAAAGUGAGGUUGGAGAGGUUGAAGGUGUUCGAAGGCCAGGCGCAUCCGUAUAAGCAGAAUGUCGUCAAGCUCAUGGGUCGGCGGAGUAUAGGAGCGCUGCCGGAGGUUAAAGCGCAGCUUGACGAGGCCAAGGCUGCUGCGCAGCCGUAA